CGCCUUAACGCUUGUCAGCUUGUCAAUCAGUCCCAACGGGGCCGUUAAUGUCAUUGGGGCGGAUUAUCUGGAUAUACUCACUAUCCAAAACAUAACUUUUAGCACCGGUGACAUAGCCAGGAUAUCUAUAGAAGCGUUGCGCAACCACACGUUCGCCACAACUAUUGAGAAUUUGAAUACGGAAGACAAGUCGGAAGGACUGGUCACCACCGUCGAAAAUCCUAUCUGUGAUAGAUAUGCUGCCAUAUGGGCUAUCGGAGGGUUCCAGGCUGGAAACUCCGAAUCUUUCGCAAACUUCAGCACUGUUACUUUCUUCAACGCCUCGGCUCGUCUCGAUUCCGGAGAAUGGGUUGGUCCGCAGGAAGCGACCACUCGCGAAAUAACCACAGCCAGCGGGAUACCUCUCACUUCCACUACCGUCUCCUCUUCCAGUGUGACCAUUUUGUACCUUGGAGAACAACCUGCACAGGGACCCAGCACAACGCCGUGUCCCUGGGAGCCGCCUCACGAAUCCAGUGUCCCACCCGCCUCCCACACGGUAAGGCUACAUGGGCUCCCCAUCUUGCCCAUCCCAGGUGUGGCAGAGCUAGAGAGUCCCCCCGUCACACGUGGCCCCGGAGGCCCUGGAGGUCCUGGAGGUCCUGGAGGUCCUGGAGGUCCUGGAGGCCCCGGAGGUCCCGGAGGUCCCGAAGGCCCUGAAUGCCCUGAACAUCCCAAACGCCCCAACCCAUUCGGUCCUGGUCCCGUCUUCCCAUCUGGAGCCCCCACUCCAUCUGGUCUCCGAGCAACAAAACCGCCGUGCCCUCCCAUGCGUACGCCAAACCCCAUCCCGGACACUGAACAUGUCGGGUGCCACAACUCGGAUACGAAGAGACAUCCCAUGGAUAUGACGUGCCCAUUGGAUUAGUGAUUACUCCCAGACAACGCACAUGAUGUGCGUAACUCAAGAGAACAUUGCAGAGGGCUUAGGGAGAGCGUUUCGACUUUGGGCAAAGUUUGAAUAGUUGAUAGUUCAUUCUAGAAUCAUCGCGGUGGCGUGAAGCGCCGCGU